GCUUCGGCGAGGAGCCCCUGCCCGCUGCAGGCGGAGAGCGAUAGUUUGAAAUAAAUAUAUCCAGCUCUUCUGUGGCUCCAAACUACAAUUACAGCAGUAAAUUGAUUUUGAUGCCAGUUGUGCGUACAGUCUGAAGGCCUGCAGCAAACCAGGACAGGUGGGCAUUUUCUGACCAGGAAAAUGACUGACUUUUUUUGAGGAAGAAACAAAUAAGCCUUUAUUUCUUGUGUAAUUGGAAGGCCAAAGCAACACAGUUUUGACAUCUGAUUAAUUUAAAGAACGUUUGUCAAAGUACUGCUUGACUGUGAAUUUUCUGUCACAAGCAUGCCUUUGGACCUGUGUAAAUAAAUUGUUGGAAGAGUUACUUGGACAAAGCAGUCAUUGAAGGAGUGUCUGUUGAAGAAUCAUGACCAAGCACUUGGAGAUCAUCAAUUUGUCAUUUUUGUUGGAACAUGAAAGGGAAACAAUAUUGGGAGUACUGAAGAGAGAUGAAUAUCUGAAAAAAGUUGAAGAUAAAAGGAUAAGGAAAUUAAAAAAUGAGCUACUGGAAGUGAGACGGAAGGGUGGAAACCGUCACUGUCAACAGGACAGCAGCAGGGUCUGCGUUCGCUGUCAGAAAAACCUGGGCCUAAUCUUUGACAGGGGAGAUAUGUGCCAAACCUGCAAACUCAGAGUUUGCAACAAGUGUCGUGUCGUGGGAACUGAUGGGCAGUGGAAAUGCUCAGUGUGUGCCAAGAUUGCACAGCUGAGGAUAGUAACAGGUGAAUGGUUUUUUGAAGAGAGAGCAAAGCGCUUCAAACAAUCCAAUCUCCUUGGAACCGAUGUUGUCAGACAGUCUAUCCUGCGCAGAUUCCCAGAUACAGUUUCCAGUAAGGAUGAAGGAAGAGUGUUUAAAGAUCAUCCCCAGGAGAAUGCAGAAAAAGGGCCAGAUAUAUCAACCUCCUCCACAAGUGGACAUAAAUCUAUCUUCAGCGGACCUAGAAAGAUAGGGAAGGUAAUUAGGGCAGUUACCAAAGGAGAAAUUUCAAAUACAAAAGAUGAAGGUGGAAGGAACACAUGCUCAGAAGCUGAAACACAAAGUCUGUGCAGUGGGAGGUCAACGCCUUGUUCUGAGAGAGGGAGCGCUCUUUCACUGGACAACGGUGAUGCAGAGGCCACCCCAGGCCAUCUGAAAGGGGUCGUGGGUUCUGUGAAUGGAAGCAGCGUUUCUACGCCACGCCUCCCGAGGUCUCCAGCACUGAGCGCACGCAGCGAGACCACAGAUUACACCAGGGACACUGGCUUAGAAAAUGGCGUGGUUUUUCCUGCAAGUGAAAGUGUACCUGAAGACUUAGUAAAGAAGCACUGUAGGAAAUCAUCUGGAACACCUUCCAUUGAGGUUUCUAGGGUAUCUUUAUCAUCAGAUCGCAGCCGAUCUGAGAUAGAUUUGAGUGAAUCUUUUUCUGAAGGAAAUGAGGAUACUCUGAGCAUAAGAAGCAAAUCUGUGCCUAGUGCCUUAGAUCAGGAUUUGGAUUAUCUGGGUGAGACGGAAGAAGAUAUUGAUGACAUAGUGGCCUCUCGUUAUUCAAAGAAACAUGGACAUAUGAUUAGUGGAUUAUCAACGAACUUCCCAGAAGGCUCUGAUAGAAAAUGGACCCACUUAAAUGUGCCUGAGGCAGAUGGUGAUACUACUAGCAUUAACAGCAUGCUGAGUGUAUAUAGUGAAACUGGUGACUAUGGCAACGUGAAGGUCAGUGGUGAAAUCCUUCUUCACAUCAACUACAGCUACAAAACAGGUGCUCUCAACAUCCUGGUGAAAAGUUGCAGAAACCUGGCCAUCGCAGAUGAGAAGAAGCAAAGGACAGAUCCCUAUGUCAAAGCAUACCUUUUGCCUGAUAAGUCCCGCCAAAGUAAACGCAAGACCAAAAUUAAAAGUAACAGCACCAAUCCAGAGUUUAAUGAAAUGCUCAAGUAUGUCAUCAGUCAUACGCAGCUAGAAACCAGGACCCUACAGCUUUCUGUCUGGCACUAUGACAGGUUUGGACGCAACAGCUUCCUUGGGGAGGUGGAAAUUCCAUUUGAUUCCUGGAACUUUGAUAAUCAGGGUGAUGAGUGGUUUGUGCUCCAGCCCAAGAUGGAGGUUGCAACAGAUGUUGGGCUUCAGUAUAAAGGAGAACUGACAGUUGUUUUACGUUACAUUCCCCCAGAGAGGAACCUAAUGCUUCCUCUAGGGCAGUUUCAAGGAAAGAAGAGCUUUAAAAAAGGAAAAAAGAGAGACUCUCACCUGCCAUCUGGAGGUAUAUUAGAAGUCCUCAUCAAAGAAGCUAAGAAUUUAACAGCGGUAAAAUCAGGAGGCACAUCUGACACUUUUGUGAAAGGGUAUCUGCUCCCAGAUGACAACAAAGCUACAAAACACAAAACUCCCAUAAUAAAAAAGUGCGUGAACCCCCAGUGGAAUCAUACCUUUGCUUUUAGUGGCUUGAGUUCCAGGGAUAUACGUAACGUCUGCCUCGAAUUGACUGUGUGGGACAAGGAGUCACUCUCCAGUAAUAUCUUUCUGGGAGGUGUCCGUUUGAGCACUGGAAGUGGUGUAAGUAAUGGCAAGGAGGUUGACUGGAUGGACUCUCAAGGGGAAGAGCAGCACCUCUGGCAGAAGAUGAUUGACAGUCCUGGAACUUCUGUGGAGGGAAUAUUAAUGCUGAGAUCCAGCAUGGGAAAACGCAGAUUCUGAAGGACACUUAACUACAGAGGGGUACCGCAAGUGCUUACGGCUUCAGUGGUGUUCAGACUCUUUUAACUUUGCCCAUUUGAAAGUGGGUAAGGGUUACGCUCUUUGCCUUGGAUAUUAAGGCUCCAAGUGAGAUUUUAAUGCGUUCUGCACUUUCAUACACACAUGUUUUUAACCCUGCUUCUUGGACAGAUUAUUUUUCUUUUGAAACAAAUGAGAAUUUGACCUUGUACAGAGAUCAGACUGAGCUUUCUCUGUCUGUUUUGAUGAGUGGCAUAGAGCUGAUGAAUAUCCCUGUCUGCGGGCAACAUGGAGUAAUCAAAUACUCUAGCUACUCGUUUCACAAGUUUUAUGUAUCUCAUUCUGGGUCAAAAAUGGCCUAAAAGAUGGAAAUGACACAGUACAAGCAGAUUCAGAGCCACAGUGUUCUGAAGGUUAACAAAUAACUUUUCUUUUUCACGUUUACUCGUUGGGCUAUGCUGUGUGCUGGAUGGCAGGCCUAGGAUCAAGCAGCACACUAAAGUGGGAAGGCCAGUGCACUGUGUUGCACGCUAGAAAUAGGCAGCGGAUGUAGAGGUUUAAAGUGCCAGUGUUCUGGCAUUCUUUGGGUAUUCUAGUGCACUGUGUAAAAGGCAGACUUGAAUCAACGUGAUCAAAGACCCUCUAAUGAAAAUAAUUCAUAACAAAUCCCAAAACAAUUUCCAGAACAACAUGGUAUUAUUAUGUUGUUCAUUAAGUUGAUAGUUCUAGCCAAGAUCUUCAGACGUCAUUGAACAGAGGGGAGACGUUCACGUCUGUCCCACCUGAUGAGUCGCUGAGAUGAAACACAUGCUGUUUUCAGGCAUGAUGAGCUAAGAUCCUGAUUCAACAAAGCAUUUAAUAAAGUCACACAAGUAGAGUUAUGCCAGAAUGCCUUGCACAACUGUGAAAUUUCUCUUAAUGGGCCAAAUCCUUUUCAUGCAUGCCCAGGCACAUUAAUUAUUAACUACAGUAAGAUUUUUCUCCCAAACUUCUUCCUGUUAAAAAUGGAUUUAAUGACAGAAGUGGUUUUUGGCCAAUUUAGUCAUUAGUCUUAUUAACCACAACAGUUAGUCAACGGUAAUUUUGACGCUUUGUUUCCUAAAGUGAUCUUUUCACCUUCUUAGGUCUGCCCUGCUCUGGGGACUCGUGCAAGUCAUAUCUGAAGAGCAUGCUGUUUUGAAUACUUUUUUGUGGACUACUCUUACAUUUAACCAGUAGUUGUACUAUGAUAAGAUAGGAUUGCAUUCUUUCUCAAGGGCCAGAUUGGAUAAUGAUAAUCAUAGGAUGUAAUUGCUCAGGUAUAAGACAAAGGAAGAGAAGUAAACUGAAUGAACAACAUUUCUUCUGAAUUUUCUGAAGUUAGAACAUAACUUCCUAUUUUAAUUGUUAAAUUCAUCUGUAGCUAUUCGUAGCCUUCAUUUUUUUCAAAUGUUUUACGUUUGAAAAUAAUGCCAUAUUAGUGCUAAGGAAACAUUAAUAAGGAAAUAUAUGGAAACCGUAAUCAUUACGUAAAUGAAUUUAAAAUAACAAACUUUCAGAUGGCGUAUCUUUCCCUGUAGGUUAAAACUCCAGAAUUCAGAAAUUUCUGUGAAAAAACAAUGGCCAUAAAAUAUUACUUGUUUGAGAGGUACAAAUGCUGUUCUUCAUAAAUUGGAAAUUGCAGGAGAUCUGAAGCUAACAACAGAAUAUGGAGACCUGAUAGCUAAGUAACUACAGCUUGACAUUUUGACAUCUGUAGCUGAAGCUAUGGUAAUGUUUUCUGUACUAGUGUACAAUUAUGUACAUGAAUUUAGCGCUGAAUCACAAAGCUUAAAAUGUAAUGUCUUUUUCUGAAGAUGCCUUAUUUUGGUUUUAGUUUAAGUAGCUUGAAACUGCUGAGUGUCUUACAAGCAGUAUUUUUAAAUCCUAAAAUCACUGGAUACAAUUAUUUUUAUUCAUUUUUGUUACAAAAAGCACCUUAGUUGUAAUAAAGCAGAUCUGUUAGUUUAUAAGUAUUUGCUUUUAAAACUCUGAUAUGACUUUAAACAGUCAUUCAAGGUAGUGAUUGCCUAAUAUGAGACCCCGAUUUUCAGAAAUUACUGAGAUGUCUUUAAAAAGGAAGUUCCUUCAAAGAAUCUCAGAUUCAAAAUCAAAAUCAGGAGUUGCUCAAGAAAACUGUGACUUCAUUUUCCUUCUGUAUGGACUCCUCAUUUUCUUCCAAAAUCCUGCUCGAAGUGGUUGGUAAAACAGGUUUAAUCUCAUUUUAGUCUGUUUUCAUCUUAAGCCACAAAUAAAAAAAGCUUGUGAGUUAAUAAAUAAGAGCACAAAUAUCAAGUGUGCAUUUUAUGAGCUUUUUUUCCCCCCUCAUAAAAAUCUUUCUUUCUUUAAAUACUAGAUUUGCUACAUCAGAAUUCCCAAACCAAAGCAACCCUAACUUUUGCCACCUAAACUAUCUCAAAGAGAAUCGGAGUCUGCAUUGUCUUGGAGGUUUACCAGAAACCAAUAUUUAUUUUGUGAUUAAUAACGUUAUAUUGACGUGGAGGCACAAGCUUGGUUUUCAUUUGCUGGAAGUUGGUUUAAAAAGAUAAAGCUUAUUAAAGCUGAAGAAUUAGAUUCUUCAGGAUAAAAU